GACAUGAAGCUGCUGGACGUGAAGCUGGGCCAGCUGCCUACCUGGCUGGCCAUGAGAGACUUCACCCCCGGCGGCAUCGUGGGGGCCAUACGAAGAGGUUACGACAGAUAUUACAGUAAAUAUAUCGAUGUCAGGAAAGGAGGCCUCGGUGGUAUCUCCAUGGUGCUUGCUGGUUAUGUUGUUGUCAGCUACAUCUGGAGCUACAGUCACCUGAAGCAUGACCGCCACAGGAAGUACCACUGA